AGUGUCUCGCAAUGGUAGUACCAAAUAAACACACAACCCUUACACACACUAAUGCGUGGCAGUAAAAAUAAAACAUUAAAAAUCAAUUCGCAGCAUCCAGCAAGAGAGUUUAUUGGAAUGCUCGCCUUUUGGCAAGAGAAAUGUCUUGCUUCGGAAGAGAAAGAAUGUCGGUCACUCAAAUCAUGGUAACUCACGUACCGAACCUAAACAAAACAGGAUACAACUCCCAAAAUCCGAGCCUGAGUAUGUCAUACAAAACAGGGAAUCGCCUAUCUACACGAACCAUCGACGGUUGCAACGCAGUCAGUCACUCGCGGAUACUACACGCGACAGGAUUCGUGUGUUUCGCGUAUUUUCGUAUAGUUCGUAUACCUUCGCCUACCGAUGCAAUGGAUGCAGCUUUCAUUGUGAACGUUAACAGCCACGGCUAAUCGCAAAAAGCUGCUAUGAUUACGAUACUGUUCUCGCGUGUUGCAUCAACACACCCAACAUAGCACUGGGUAUGAAGUUUGGCAAAAAAUGUAAGGUGUACGAUAAGAAAAAUUUCUAAAACCAUCUAGUUACGAACAAAUUUUAGUAUAAAUUUUAAUAAAAACAAUGUACGUGAUUUUCGUUAAGUGGUUUGUGGGAUCAUAAAAAAAUGGUACAAAAAAGUGUAGUGAAACAGAUUUGCAACGACUGAAGAACGUGAGUGCAUCGGUACCUGGGGUCAGCCUGCUGGAACCUCCAAGCCUGAAAAAAAGUGUGCGUGUAUGUGAAUGUGUAAAUGUGAAACGAAGGCUACCACUGUGCAAGCGAGUGUACGAAACACUAACCCGGAAACCGACCAAAAAUCAUUCUCGACCUUUGGUAAGCGCCGCCGUGUACGGGAACUUGCUAGGAGAGAAGAGUCUCCCUUACUGCCGACCAUGGGUACACUUCCGAGCGUAAUGGAUUUACGGCUUCCCAUCCUGUGGUUGCUGCUGGCAGCAGAGCUGUCCGUGGGGCUGCGCAACGUACGGGUUACGGUCCCAACGGCUGUCCGGAAAGGCGACCCGGUCCAUCUGUAUUGCGAGUACGAAUUAGAGGACAACGAGCGGCUCUACUCGAUCAAGUGGUAUAAGGGUAAGCGAGAGUUCUAUCGCUACACACCCCAGGUACAUCCUUCGGUGCAAGUUUUUAGCACCGUCAGCGGAAUCGACGUUGAGCGGUCACUGUCCAACGAAAGCCACGUUGCCAUGAAAGCGGUCGAGACGAACUACUCCGGGAAGUACAGCUGCGAGGUGUCAGCCGAUGCACCCUCCUUCCACACGAUCAUUGUCUCAGGAGAUAUGGAAGUUAUCGAACCACCCAUUGAACAGCCAUCAGUAACUGGGGUUCAGGCGCGUUACCGACCUGGCGAUAUCCUGCGGGCCAACUGCACCUCGCAUAAUUCUAAACCAGCAGCAAAUUUGACGUGGACGAUUAAUGAUGUACCGAUACCAUCACAGUACGUAAAGCUGUACCGACCGAUAAAGGAUACGUUUACCGGGCUGGAGACAUCCAUCGUCGGUGUCAACUUCAUGGUGGCCCACGAACAUUUCGUGAAGGGAAAGUUGAAGUUGAAAUGCUCAGCAUCAAUUCACCAGCUCUAUCAUGAGGCCAUCGAACUGCUCGUACCGGAAGAUCGGCCUCGGAUAUUGGCGACCGGAGUUUCUGCUAGUGGACACAGUAUUAGUCUCUACCAAGGGACGGUUCAUGAGACGGAGCUAACGGAUCAGAACGAUGCCUAUCUGACCGUGAACGGAUACAAAGCUGAUAAGUCAUCCCCGCUAGCGUCGUCGUCCGGUAUUCUACAGAUCGAUUCCUACGUUAAGGUCUGCUGGGUAACGUUCUACAUCUGCAUCAUCUGCACCGUGAUGGUAUACUCGAUACGGUAUCUGAUGGUCACCUGACCCCAGCAGAGGGAGGCCAAAAGUGGUGCCGGAUCGGCUAAUACCUCGUUGGCAGAAGGUACGGCACUCGAGCUGGAUCCCCUCCCGAGCAGCUAUCCCAUUCCACCGCCUCCGUCUGCAGCCACUAUUUCUUCGGCGGCCCUCGUCAACGUAGACAGCUGCGUCCUAUUCGUUCCAAGGUGAUGCAACAAGCUGCGAAAGUACGUACCAGUGACUAUGAGCACACAUUUUUGCCGUGCCCAAGCCCCAAGGCAAUCGAUCAAUCUCACCAACCGUGUGGAGAAAAAUCGGAAAUCUCAAAAACAAGCUUAAAGGUGGAAUGCAGCAAGUGCAUUUGCAAAAGGCAAAUAAGCGCAUAGAAUACCCACAUACUCACAAACUCAAAUACCAACAACAUGUUGUCUCUGUCAUCGUGUUUGUAUCGUCGUAUAUGAUCUCUCUAAACAUUAUGAUAAAAUGUUUGGUUUUUUCCAACGUAUGAAAAUAUAUUUUUAUAGGAGCUACCAGGCGCCUCCAUUGCGAUGGAUGCAACAUGGAUCAUGCGGGAACUAUUGCGCACCGAAUGAUUUGUGAGCAUGUUUGAAACGACGUUUUGAGGUGAUCGUAAUAAUGCAGUUUGAGCAUAGGCACUAAACAAAUCUUUAUCUUACCAUAGCCCAGGGUAAAAUGUGUACAUAGUUUUAACUAAAUGUAAAUAAAUACUACAAUGUCCAGCUUCUAAUCCCGUUUCCCAGCUCCUACCGAUGUUCCUUCCUUUUCCAAAAGUAUCCACCUUUUGAAACGAAAACUGGAUUUUAAUGUAACGUUAAACAUCGUAAGUAAGUGCAAAACUUUAGUCCAUCAAAUGUUAGCAACGGUUAAGAAACAGCACGAAUACGGAAGCAAGCAAAGCCGCGUCCUACCGAAGCAAAGCGACUACGAUGCGAUUAAAACAAACACAAAAAACGAAACAGGUUAACCUAGCUAAUAAUCGACACAACAAUCUGUACAUAUACAUAAGGGCAAGUGGAAAUUGUAGCAAAACUAUCAAUAAGCAACCCGGAAGCCCGGAGUAAAAGCCCGAAUACAUACAACAACAACACAAAUUAAAUAAACUGCAUCCUUUAGCCGUACCAAGUAAAUGUAUGCUUACCUUUGCGUUUCAUAUCGGGUAGUUCACCCUUACUUGGGUUUAUGGGUUACUGGGCUUGACUUACCUGCAAUAGAUAAAAAAUGUAUCAAUUUGUUGUUCACUACAAAAACAGAAAGGAGACAAAUAAACCGACCGAAGAAAAUAA